AUGGAUUUUUGUAUAACACAAAAACAAGUCCCAACUGUGAAACGCAUACACAGAACAUUUGCAGAGGAGUACAACUAUUCAGGUUCCAUAGAAAGCCUACGAACAGUAAUUAGAAAGAUGGGAUUUCGGUGGCGAAAAACCAGAACUAAUAGAAAAUUAUUAAUGGAAAAGCCCAAUAUUCAACAUCUUAGACUGAAUUUCUUACGUAGUAUGAAACGUUACAGGAACACAAGUCACCCAGUUAUAUACAUGGAUGAAACAUACGUCCAUUCAUCUCAUACCUACCAAAAGAGCUGGUCUGAUAGUCCAAACAAGGGCAUACAAAAACCAGUAUCUAAAGGACAGAUGCUUGUGAUAGUGCAUGCUGGAGGUGAAAGCGGUUUUGUUAAAAACGCUUAUCUGCGCUACAAACCUACUAUAAAAACCGGAGAUUAUCAUGAUGCAAUGAACUACGACAAUUACAAAAAGUGGCUUCAGGAUAAACUGAUACCAAAUUUGCCCCCGAACAGCGUUUUAGUGAUUGAUAAUGCACCGUAUCACAACGUACAAACUGAGAAAUGUCCAACUAUGUCUUCCAGGAAAGCAGAAAUGCAGCAGUGGCUGACAACGCGAAAUAUUUCCUUUACAGAUGACAUAUUGAAACUUGAAUUAUACAUUAUAAAAUUACACAAACCUCUGUUUAAAACCUAUGAAAUUGACAAAAUACUCGAGGAUAAAGGACAUUCAGUUUUACGGUUACCCAAGAUAUUAUCCGGAUUUGAAUCCUAUAGAGUUAGUAUGGGCUUCUAUGAAGCAAUAUGUCGCUGA